AUGCUACGCUGCUCAUGUGCCUUGGCGAAUGCUAUGGGACUGCUUACCGUGCCAAGCGACAUCCAUGACUGGACUCCAUUACGGCAGUACCUGGAAAAUCACACCGUAGGGGCAUGCACGGACAGCACGGUAAUGAAUGCCUCCAUUAUCCCAACACGACACUUACAGCGAAGUCUUUUUCGUCUCCCGAUUCCAAAGCUGCAGAGUACAUGUUCUCACUACCUGAACGCUGUCAAACCUUUGGUCUCACCAAGGCAGUUUGAAGCUACCUCCAAAAUUGUAAAGGACUUUGAGUCUGGCGAGGGGCGUGUUUUGCAGGAGGAGUUGGUGCGUACCGACAAGGCAAACAAGCACACCUCCUACAUCUCGGCGGACUUGUUUUAUUUGUCUCUCUCAGACAGACGACCAUUACCGAUAAACACAAACCCAUGUCUGCUGACAAAACGCGACCAAGACAAGCCGGAUAUGCUCACCCGUGCAACCUUCUGGAUUACGAGCAGUGUGGACUUUUACCGUAUGUACCUUGAAAAUACUCUGAAACCUGAUAUAUUCAGUGCUGCUCCAAAAACGCAUUACAGCAGGAAGGAAUGGUUUGAGCGCACGGUGUCUCUUUCGUCAAAGUCCAUUGCUGCAAAGGUGUGCGUGUUCGGCUCUAAUUUUCAAGCCUUUCCGCUGGAUAUGUCGCAGUACGCUAAUUUGAUGAGUUCGACGCGUCUGCCGGGAACACUUAUGGAUGAAGUUAGAUCCUUCAGCUAUAUGCCGCAUAUCAUUGUGCAGUUUCGUGGUCAUCAGUAUGUUGUCAACGUUGCCGACAACGAAUGUAAGCCGCUUCCAGAGGAGCAGAUCUACGCGAGACUGAAGGCCAUCACGGACCUGAACCCAAGGCCACCAAAGGUGGACAUUGGGAUCUUUACGUCCGCCGACCGAACAACGUGGCAUGCUGUGCGUACAGAAAUGUUGCGCGCCACCGAGAAUCAAAAAAACUUUGAACUGCUUGAUUCGGCUAUUUUUGUAUUGAACCUUGACGAUGACGUGGAGGUAGACUUUUUGAAUUGCCGUGGCGCUGUCGACGCCACGCGUGUGUUGCUUGUAAGGAACACGAACCGAUGGUGGGACAAAAGCUUCUCGGUCAUUGUAACAAAAGACGGUUUUCUUGCCAUUAACUUUGAGCCCAGUUGGGGGGACGGUUUUGCUGUGCUACGGUACACACAGGACGUUUUAAACCAUUCCAUCAUGCGCAGCAGCAGAGGGAUGCGUCGCGAUGCCUCUCCUACUGAGGGUGUGAAGCAGCUACACUGGCGCCUAACACCUAGGCUGGAGCAGGAGGCAGCCAAAGCAAGGUCACGCCUUGACGCGGAUAUUCGCCGAAUGGAUUUGGACUUAUGCAUGUUAAAGGGAGUCGGGUUAUCAGACCCCAUCUUUCGCAAGAGGUCCGUAAAAAGUGAUUCGUUUUUGCAGAUGGUGAUGCAGCUGGCUUGGUGGCGAUUGUACAAGAGUACAGUUAGCACGUAUGAGAGUGCCAGUACCGCAGCGUAUCGUCACGGCCGUACGGAAUGCAUCCGCUCUGCAACGAUGGAGAGUCAAGCCUUCACAAUGUUGAUGGAUGCCCCACACGCUACUGCCAGCGAGAAGGUUGAGGCGAUGUUGAAGGCCAUGAAAAAGCACGUCGAGCUCUCCAAGCUUGCCAAAAUGGGUGAAGGCGUGGAUCGUCAUUUGUUUGCUUUAAAAAUGGUAGCACAACGCCGAAAUCGGAACCGUGUCCCUGAUUUAUUUUCAAAUCCCUCAUACGCAACACUUUGUAGUAACAUGAUGAUCACCUCUACAUUUUGCUCAGACGCCCUUGUUGGUGGUGGUUUUGGACCUGUAAGUCUUGGCUAUGGUAUAGGCUACGCAGCGGAAAAAGAGACGCUGUCUUUUAAUGUGUCCUGCUGGAAAGAAAAGGGUCCACGUUACGCCGCCGAUGAGUUUACGCACGCGCUGUGCGCCGCCGCCUUGGAUAUGUACAAACUCCUGUGUUCAUCUAAAUUGGGGUGA